AUGGAAGCAUUGACUCCGCAAACAGAGAACAUUCUUGGCCAUUUGCAGUUACAGUCCGAGCUUGCGUGCUCUAAACUGGCGGGACUUGUCAAAAAAACUGCUGCUCUGGACGCACCUACGACAUCCGUCGAACCGGUUGCAGCCUCUGAGAGCCCCAGCAUCAAGUCCGACUGGGACGCAUGUAGCCAAGACCAGGCGUCAAGGGUAAUCAGCACAAUCAACAGCCUGAUCGGAAUUCAGGUUAGCCCGAUUGCCUACCAGACCAGCCAACACCCAAACGCUCUGGUACAUCGUGAACAGGCCGAUCGAAUGCGCAGCCUUCAAGUUCGGCUGCGCAAUACCCUCGAUCGUCUAGACUCCAAACUGGAGGCCAGAGAUCGACUGGUGCGGGCGACUGACGAGUUGUCGCAGUGGAUCUUGGGCGCCGAGAAAAGAUUUUCUCAGCUCACUCGAGUGUGGAUCUCGUCAAGAUCUUCAGCGCCGAUGCAGCAUGGACCUCUGAAGAUCUCCCAGCCUAUUGGACAGGGGGACAGGGACGAACAAGCUUUACGUAAAUAUAGUCCUCUAUCUUGUAGCCUCAACCAAAGUGUAAAAAAAAUAAAACAACAGAAAUUCUAG